AUGCCGGGACGGGGCCUCCUCGCGCUCGGGCGCCGCGUGCCCAGCGCCUACCGGCCCCUGGGCAGGGCCGAGGAGGAGGAGGAGACCUGUGUGGAGUGCGAGCUGAAAAUCCUCGAGCAAGAGGUGGACGUGGCCGUCCUGCCCCCCAAGGAUGCCUGCAAGUGCCAGAAAGAAGAGCUGGCCAAAGCCUUGAACGUUGAUUUGCAGACCGGACUCUCCGAGGUCUCCGUGCUGCAGCGCAGGCUCAAACACGGCUGGAAUGAAUUCUCGGUAGACAGCGCAGAUCCGAUAUGGAAGAAAUACCUGGACCAGUUCAAAAACCCGCUCAUUCUGCUGCUGCUGGCCUCGGCUCUGGUGAGCGUGGUCACGAGGGAGUACGAGGACGCGGCCAGCAUCACCAUGGCUGUGCUCAUCGUGGUCACCGUGGCCUUCAUCCAGGAGUACCGCUCCGAAAAGUCCCUGGAGGAGCUGCACAAGCUGGUGCCCCCCGAGUGCAACUGGUGAGGAGAGGGGGCCGGGGUGGGCAAUGAUGCUCUGCGGGUCCCUGGGUCUCGCCGUGCACCUGCAUUGGGCAUUGGGGUGGUUACGGAUCUGCUGGUGGAUGAAUCCAGUUUUACAGGCGAGGCUGAGCCUUGCAACAAGACGGACUGCGUGGUGCCCGAGGCUGGAGACGACAUCACGCUGAGCAACGUGGUCUUCAUGGGAACGCUGGUGCGCUACGGGAAGGGAAAAGGGGUAGUUAUUGGGACAGGCGAAAGCUCACAGUUUGGCGAGGUGUUUAAGAUGAUGCAAGCUGAAGAGACCCCCAAAACUCCUCUCCAGAAAAGCAUGGACAGGCUGGGCAAGCAGCUCACCCUUUUCUCCUUCUGCAUCAUCGGUUUAAUAAUGCUCAUUGGCUGGUUGCAAGGGAAAUCUCUUCUCAGCAUGUUCACAAUUGGAGUUAGCCUGGCGGUGGCCGCCAUCCCCGAGGGCCUCCCCAUCGUGGUGACCGUGACGCUGGUGCUGGGCGUGCUCCGCAUGGCCAAGAAGAGGGUCAUCGUGAAGAAGCUGCCCAUCGUGGAGACCUUGGGUUGCUGCAAUGUCAUCUGCUCCGAUAAGACGGGUACCCUGACAGCCAACGAGAUGACAGUGACUCAGCUGGUGACCUCGGAUGGAUUCCAGGCAGAGGUUAGUGGGGUAGGCUAUAAUGGAGAAGGAAAUGUUUAUCUUUUGCCAUCAAAGGAGAUUCUCAAGGAAUUUUCCAAUGUCUCCGUUGGGAAAUUAGUGGAG